GGUCAAAUAUAUACUGGAUUGGUAGUUUAUGUCCACCAUCCAAAGAAGUUGUGCUUUGUUAUUGAUGUGAAUUGUGGCAUUUUAAAUUGUCAUAAGAAGUUUUUACUGAAAAACUCUUAACUUGCAGACAACAGGAAAGUGGCCAAAAUUUAACAAGUAUUAUUGUUUGCUUUUGCACUUACUUUUUCAUGCUUGCAAGUUAUUUCUUUCAGUUUUAUUGUAUAUUUUAACACCUUUAUUUUGCACACUUUAAUAGUUUUAGUACUAAAGUACUGACAUCUGGGAUGUUAAACAGGUUAGGUUUACAUGGGAGGUUAGGUUUACAUGGGUCAUUUUAAGUAAGGGUUAUAAUAGGUUGGGUUGGGUUUUGGUUGACUCACUAAUGUUUUUUUGUUCAUUCUUAAUUUUUUUUUAUAUAUAACGAAUGUUUCACUAGAACAAUAGUAAUUUGGAUCAUUUAAUAUAACAAUCUAGGAGGCUCUAUACAACUAUGCAUAAAAAUAGAUUUUGGGUUACUUUCAUCAUGGUUGACCCAUUUCUCUUUAACCAUUUUUUUUAUUUGAUUUGACCCAUUUAAGCCAAAACACAAAUCCAAUGGCCGGCAAGUAGAUAUUGUUGCACUUUUGGUGAAAAUUAUUAGUCGCUAAAGAUUUCAUACUAAGCUAAAAUUUUAUAAACCAAGUUAUAAGUGGUAAUAAUGUAUAGUUGAUUAUUGAUUUUAGCAAUCUUUAAAUAUUGAACUGUGGCCAUGACACCAUAUAUGAACAUCAUUAUGAUUUUUGUUAUUAUCACCAUUUUUAUAUGAACCAACAUGUCUUUACUUACCAACAACAUGAUUUUAAUAUGGUGAACAUGUUUCAUUAUAUGAGUACACCGGGAAGAUGUUGGAGGAAAUGGCAGAGUUUUGUGUAUGGGGAAUGGUUUCGGGACCAAGUCAAGGCGGACGGAGUAGCGAUGAUACGUGAUAUUUUUGGCAGCCAAGUUGGAGGUAUUAGGCGCCUGAAAUCGGUGGCCAAAAGAUUUGGUUUGUGGCCGAUAGUAGCGUUAGAAUCACAUGUCCAUAAGCAGAUUUGAGGAAAACAAUCAAGGCGUGAUCGGAGGCUGUCACAAAACUUAUAAGAGGUGAUUUUAAGGUUGAUAAACCAAGGACAGGGCUGUAGGGGCUAUUGUGGUUAGUUGCAAGUGUCGGUGAAUGACAAUUUGGGGGUUUCGGUCCAAACACUUGAGUUGUUUGAAAAUUUCAAACCAAAAAAUUUUGGAUGUAUCAUAUCAUAACUUAAAGAAGUUAUAAGCCAAUAUUCAACAUCAUGGCUACUGCAAAAGCUCUUGAACCUGCAUUCCAGGGAGUUGGUUCGAAACCAGGGGUUGAGAUAUGGAGAAUUGAAAACUUUAAACCUGUACCUUUGCCGAAAGCUGAUUAUGGUAAAUUCUACUCUGGCGAUUCAUACGUUGUCUUGCAGACGUCGGGUAGGGCAGGUGCAGGUGCUUACACGUACGACAUACACUUCUGGUUGGGAAAAGACACUAGCCAGGAUGAAGCUGGAGUAGCAGCAAUAAAAACGGUGGAGCUCGAUGCAAUUCUCGGUGGACGUGCAGUGCAACAUAGAGAACUUCAAAAUCAUGAAUCCGACAAGUUUAUAUCAUAUUUCAAACCUUGUAUUAUACCACUUGAAGGUGGCGUUGCAUCUGGUUUCAAGAAACCGGAAGAAGAAGAAUUUGUAACAAGAUUAUAUACGUGCAAAGGAAAACGAGUUGUUCAUUUGAAACAGGUCCCGUUUUCGCGAUCUGUGUUGAAUCAUGAUGAUGUGUUUAUCUUGGACACUAAAGAUAAGAUUUUUCAAUUUAAUGGAGCAAAUUCAAAUAUUCAAGAAAGGGCUAAGGCGUUGGAGGUUGUUCAGUUCUUGAAGGAUACAUAUCAUGAGGGGACAUGCAAUGUUGCAAUUGUUGAUGAUGGAAAGCUACAGGCAGAGGGGGAUUCCGGUGAAUUUUGGGUCAUUUUCGGCGGGUUUGCUCCUAUUGGCAAAAAGGUUUUGAGUGAUGAUGAUGUCGUUCCAGAUAAGACACCUGGCAAACUAUAUAGCAUUGCCGGAGGCCAGGUUGCGGAUCAAAUUGAAGAAUAUUCAAAAUCAACAUUUGAAAAUGACAAAUGCUAUCUAAUGGACUGUGGUGAUGAGGUGUUCGUUUGGGUUGGCCGAUCAACUCAGGUAGAUGAUAGAAAAGCUGCCAUGAAGGCCGCUGAGGAGUUUCUCACCAGUAAUAACCGGCCAAAAGCCACCCUUGUUACCCGGCUAAUUCAAGGUUACGAGACGCAUUCAUUCAAGUCAAACUUUGACUCGUGGCCAUCAUCAACUGCACCUUCUGCUGAAAAUAGAGGAAAAGUGGCCGAAAAUAGAGGAAAAGUUUCAGCUUUACUAAAGCAACAAGGUGUCGGGCCAAAAGGAAAAGAGAAAAACGCUCCUGUUGUUGAGGAAGUUGUUCCUCCUUUGCUUGAAGCAAAUGGAAAACUCGAGGUAUGGUCUAUUGACGGGGACGCUAAAACUCCAGUAGCCAGUGAGGACAUUGGUAAAUUUUACAGUGGAGAUUGCUACAUUGUUCUUUACAGUUACCAUUCUAGAGAGAAAAAAGAAGAUUUUUAUCUUUGUUAUUGGAUUGGAAAGGACAGCACCGAGGAGGACCAAAAUACGGCAGCUAAGUUGACCGCGUCAAUGUUUAACUCAUUGAAGGGGAGACCUGUUCAGGGCCGUAUAUAUCAAGAAAAAGAACCACCACAAUUUAUUGCCAUUUUUCAACCUAUGGUUGUAUUCAAGGGUGGAUUAAGCUCUGGUUAUAAAAGUCACAUUGCAGAAAAAGGAUUAGAUGAUGAAACGUACAAGCCAGAUAGCGCGUCGGUGAUUCAAAUAUUAGGAACUGCAGUGCAUAAUAAUAAGGCUACCCAACUAGAUCCGGUGGCAUCAUCUUUGAAUUCACAUGAAUGCUUCGUUAUACAAUCCGGGUCUCAUCUAUACAUCUGGCAAGGAACCCAAAGUACUUACGAACAACACGCAUGGGCAGCGAAAAUUGCUGAGUUUGUAAAACCCGGUGUACAUGUAAAAUACCAGAAAGAAGGAUCCGAAAGCGCAUCGUUCUGGCUUGGACUUGGAGGGAAAGAUACUUGUGGUAGUAACAAAGUAUCACUGGAUACUAAUAGAGAUCCUCAUUUGUUUGCAUUUUCACUUUCUAAAGGAAAAUUUGAGAUUGAAGAAGUUUACAACUUUGAUCAAGAUGACUUGUUGCCGGAGGAUAUUUUGAUAUUAGAUACACGUGCGGAGGUCAUUGUUUGGAUUGGUCAAGCGGUUGACCAAAAGGAGAAGAAAAACGCUCUUGAAUAUGGCCAGAAAUACAUAGAACUGGCUGAAUCACUAGACGGAUUGUCCCCACACGUGCCGUUAUACAAAGUUACCGAAGGAAAUGAACCUUGUUUCUUCACAGUAUAUUUCUCAUGGGAAGCCUCAAAAACAUCAAUUCCUGGGAACUCAUUCCAAAAGAAGGUUACUAUACUAUUUGGAGCAGGCCAUUCCGCGGGCCAUGCGAAUAAAGGUGGUGGUUCACAGAGACGGGCUGCAGUUGCCGCAUUAUCGGGAGUUCUUACUAAUGAAAAGACUAUAGCUGAUGAACCCCCUCCUGCCGAUGAACCCGAGCAGUCCGAAGAAGCCCCUGAAGAACCCGUAGAACCAUCUGAGCCCAUUCCGGAAGAUGACGAUUCAGAACCAAAAGUUGCGAUUGAGGAGGACGAAAACGGUAUUUUAUCAAGUCAAUCCACCUUCACCUAUGAACAAGUUAGAGUUAAGUCAGAGGACACUGUUCCUGGAAUCGACCUCAAGAGGAGAGAGGCUUAUCUUUCUGUUGAAGAAUUUGAGUCUGUGCUUGGGAUGACAAAAGAGGAGUUCUAUAAGUUACCAAAAUGGAAGCAAGAUUUGACCAAGAAAAAGGUUGACCUCUUCUAGAAGUCAAACUUCUUGAUCAAACCAAGUAAUAAGCCUUAAACAUAUUAAUAAAAAAUUGAUAGUUUUGCUGUUUCACCCAAUCAAUUUGCCUACUUAAAUAUAGUUUUUUUAUGCCUUUAAUAUUUCAAGACUUCCAAGUUCCAAAAUUAUAGCAAAAAAAAAGUGAAGAUUUUUAUAUA